AAAUAUUUCAUUUUCAAUAGUACGGAAGAUUCGUAAACAUUCAAGCAUGUGGAUGAGUAGAACAUUCGAAAUCAUAAAUGCAAAAAUGAACAUUCUACAAAAGUUCCGAUUUUUACAAGCUCGUCACAUUUGCGCUUGUUGUGCAGCAGCUUAGGCUGUUACUAUCAGGUCCUGGUAAAUCUAGGUAUCUGGACACAAAUGCCUGCAUGAUUUAAUUGUGAGAAAUAGUUCUUUAUGCGAGAUAAGGUUGUUAAUUUGAUCAAGUCAAUGUGGUUGGUGCCAUGAAUCAUAUUCUUUUGUUUAUAUCUCUCUGCAUUAAGUGAAUGGUCAAACCUCUACCUGAUGUCAUAUGUUUGAUUGACUCAUGGCAGCUAAUUAGAAUGCUUAGAAGGAAGAAUAAGGAUAAUUUUUGAGAAUCUUGGACAUUAGAAGAUGGACUAAGGCAUGUUUUGGUUAGAGGAAACUAGUUAAAUAUUAUCUGAUGAGCUUGUCACAGCUACAAGACAAGAUUUAGGUAUCCCCUUGAGCAUGACUCAAUCUUCUGAAUGCCGUGAAAAGGCAUAAACCAAGUGGAAUAUCUACUAGUAUCUUCUCUCCUUGUUUCCUUGUUUUGACAGAAAAAGGUCUUAUUUAAAACCUGAAAUGAUUGGUAAACUUCGUUCUAGGAUCAAAUCUUUGUAAGAUGGAAACUUGGGAGCUUGCUUCGUUUAUAGUCUGUACGAUGCCAAAGUAAGCGUUCAACUUCCAGAGAAAAUUUUGAGAGUGCUGUUUUAGCAACUAUGGAAGAGCAGAAAAUGAGGCUGCUUGCUUUUUCGUUGCUUACUGCCAUUCUCAUCUUGGUCAUUGUUGCUGUUGUUUUCUUGAAAACAACCUGGAUUUUCUUCACUGUUCUUGGAAUUGCUAUAAUUGUGGCCUAUGGCGUCAUAAUAUGGGUUUUUAUCCAACAAGAGAAGCUGUCCAAGAAUAAGGAACUUUCUAGUUUUGAGAAAGAGUCAGGGCUUGCAACAAAGUUCCUUCAUGAAGAACUCAUGCUGGCAACAGAGAAUUUCAGCUUGAUUGUGGGCCAAGGAGGAUCAGGGUGUGUCUUUAAAGGAAUGCUCAAGGAUGGGACUUCUAUUGCUGUGAAGCGGAUUGAAGGCCAGGAAAGGGGAGAAAGGGAAUUCCGAACUGAAGUGGCUGCAAUUGGGUGUGUGCAGCACACGAACCUUGUACGCCUGUAUGGUUAUUGCAUCAUUCCAAAAGGACCGCGCUUCCUUGUUUAUGAGUUUGUCCGACAUGGCUCAUUGGAUCGCUGGAUUUUCACUCAGGAACACAAGAAAAUCCAGCAGCCAGGUGGUUGCUUGCCUUGGAAACUAAGGCAUCAGGUUGCCAUCGAUGUGGCCAGGGCUCUCAAUUACCUCCAUAAUGAUUGUCAGUCAAGGAUUUUGCACCUCGAUGUUAAGCCGGAAAACAUACUUCUUGAUGAUAAUUAUCGAGCACUCGUGUCAGACUUUGGGCUAGCAAAGUUGAUGGGUAAGGAUGAAAGUAUGGUUGUUACAAGAAUCCGUGGUACUAGAGGGUACUUGGCUCCUGAGUGGAUUCUAGAGAAAGGAGUUUCUGCAAAAACUGAUGUAUACAGCUAUGGAAUGUUGCUUCUCGAAAUGAUUGGAGGCCGGAGGAACACCCUUAUGUUGUCUGAUAGAGAUGGUAAAGGAAAGUCCACAAUGCCUGAUAUGAAAUUAUGGGAUUAUUUUCCAAAAAUUGUCUUUGAGAAAAUGAAAGCAGGGAAGAUCAUGGAAGUGGUUGAUAAAAGACUGUUGGAAGAAGGAACAAGUAUUGAUGAAAAGGAGGUUAGACGACUGGUCUACAUAGCCCUGUGGUGCAUUCAGGAGAAGGUUAAUAUUAGGCCUAAUAUGGGUCAGGUGGUUAACAUGCUUGAAGGUCGUUUGCCUGUAGAUGAGCCCCCUGAAACCGAAAUGUUCUUCCACGAUCUUUUGUUGAUUAAGGCAGAAAAGACGCAAGGCCGGAAUAACAUAAUGGCUACAGCUUUGCAAAUUUCUCAACCUCCCAACGGUAAAGCUCCAACGGCUGCUACAACAUCAUUAAUGUGCAAUUGAGAGCCGAGCUUAUAACCAAGUUUUGUCAUACAAGUAGCUUAGGAAUUGCAUUGGGUAAAUAUUUUAACUAUUUUCUUUUUUGUUAAAUCUUUUUUUUCAUUCCCUGUCUUUGUUUGUUUUUUUCCUCUUUUACUCUGAAUCUCAUCAACAUUUUCUUGCUAACAGUAAUCUAGAGCUGAUGUUUCACUUAUCCCGCGAAACAUUAUACCUUUCUCAUUACUGUUUACAAUAAAUUCCUUUUCGUCCCGAAAAAGGGAAUGUUUCAGUACAGAAGGUACUGCUUGUUUAUUUAAUGAAUUGUAAAGGCUUCUCUCUCACAAGAAAAAACAGAAAUUUGAAAUCUUUUA